AUUCUUUCUCUCUCUUCUCUCUCAUGCGCUCUCUCACGCGCUCUCUCACUCUCUUCUCUCUUUUCUCUCUGAUUCCGGCAGCCACCCGGCCACCGCCACCGCCACCGGAAAACCCCAAAUCAAACCCAAUUCAACUCACCCAAAAACCUCUUUCACGCAAAACUUCUUCCUCCUCUCAGAUGGGCCGAAAAUCAUCAACCCCAACCCCCAAAUUUCAAUUCCUCAAAUUUUGUUCUUUGAAAUUGUCGAUGAAAUUGGGUAUUUGGAUGUCAAUAAACUCAGGAUCUCUACAGAGAAGGAAAUUCUAUCAUGGGCUCUGAAGGUUCACAAAUUCGGGUUUGGUUUGAGAUUUUGUUGAUUUCGAAAGUUGGAUCCUUUACUGCUCGAAAAAGUCAGACAAACCGUGAAGGUGAAGGUGAAAACAUGGAGGCAGAAGAAGAUGCCGUGAUUGGAUUCUGGAGUGCAUUUGGUUGGUUGGAUGGAAUGACUGUUUUCAUUGCUUUGUUGUCUGAAUAUGUGGUGGAUACAAUUGAGAGAUUCAAGAAACCUAUUUCGAGAGGAAGUACCAGUUUCCUGGAAUGGUAAAGCUUUCAUUUUUAAUAUCUUUUGUUGAAAUAAGUGAUAUUUAUUAUGAUUGUUUAUUUGUUUGUAUUCAUAGUGUUGUAUAUAACAAUGAGUUUUAAAUCAAGGUUUUAAGAAGUGAUUGCGGUAAAGGUCGCGGUUGCCUUAUUACCUUUGCUAUUGCCGUCAUUGGAACCAAGGUUUGAACAUCUUUCUUUGUUGUUAUGAUCCCUGUCCAUAUUCAUGAUCCAUUUGAUUUAGGAAAGGAAGUUGCUUUUGGUCUGACAGAUUAAAAGGAAGCAUCAUCCCAUAAAAUUCCUAAGAUGUUCCAUAAUCUUAUAUAUUGGUUGAAAUUUUAAAUUUCAAUUCUUCAUAUUUUGAUAUUGCAUGUUUGAAAUCUUCCAUGAAAUUGUGUCUUAUUAUUGUUUAAAUCACUUUCUUAAUCAUUUUUUUUCUUCUCUAAAUUGCAGAUCACCUUCUAUUAUUGUUUAAAUCUAAUACAGAACUCUGGAGGAAAGAAGAUGUAUAUGUAUCUUUAUGUUCAUGUGCCUGCAACAAUGAUCUCUUUGAGUAAGUUUGUUGUAGCAUGUGUAUAGAAUACUAUGCUUUUGUCUAUUUUGCAACAUGUGUUUGUGUAUACUAUGUUUCUCUAAAUUUUACACCAUUUGAAUUGUCUAAAUUUGGACUCAAUUGCUGGUAUAUAUGUCCUUGAUGAUCAAUAUUUUUUGAAAUUAUCAAGUGAUUUUAAAGCAGAUCCAAAUAAGGGCCGUGAAAUAUUCACAUGUCAUUUAAAUUAUCAAGUUGUAUUUUUGUUGUUCUUGCAAGGUUGGAUAUGAUUUUCCUUAAUCCAAUUGUUUUUUAUAACAAGAAGGUUGGAUAUGAUUUUUGUCCUGUUAAUCUUUUAUCUGCUAUUUACAGGUUAGUUUGCGAUGACCGAACCUUCAGAGGUCGUUUACGUUUGAAACGUAGGGUACGAAAUAUCUGAGCAAACACAUCAUGAGGAUUUCAAUUUGCCUGAAGAAUCCUGCCAUGGUUUUCUUCCUGAACUGCUGCAUAUUUAGAAUGAUCAAAUGAAUCAUUGGCUUAUGUAGAGACAAAAAUAAUGUAUAGGAAAAAAAAAUCAGAGGUAGUAGAAGCAUACAAGAAAUAUGUAGCAGAUAUAAGUGAUUUGGGACUCAUCAUCAAAUCUAAAAGUAAGAAGACGUUGCAUAAUGAAUCUCGGUUAGAUCUCUUAUUAGUAUUGUUAUUAUAUUAUACGCUGCAAUUGUUAUAUUAUUAGGCAGUUAAGGAAGUUGUGUUAUUUAGAUGGUUACUGAAUAAAUCGGAAAGGAGAGACCCAAUACUCUAAAAUGCACUUUCGUUUUUAUAGUGAAUGAGCAAACUAGCAUCACAUCAAGAUCUCAAGUCCAAAUAAGGUAUUGGAGUUGAGAGGAAACAUAAUGGUCUUAGAUUUUGAUUGGAUCUCCAAAGAAGACUUUGUCUUUUUAAUUUGGUUCUAUAUUGAAGUUAAAUGCUCAUUUUGAAAGAUUUUCAUUUACUUUCUUUACAACAGAUAUUUUUGAGGACACUGUACCAUUUGCAACAUGUAUGCAUUUUAAAACUCUCAUUUUUGUUUUCAAUUUCACUUAAGUUUUGUUAUGUGGCUACAAAAUUCGAUUUUGAGUGAAUUUAAUUUGUAAAGUUGUUCUUACUUGAAAGUUGAAAGUAGACCAAAUUCCAAGUGUUGCAGCAUAAGCUGACAGGCGGCUAAGCAUGCACAUGCAUCAGUUGUGCAGUCACCACUAGAUGACGAUGCUUUAACACGAUGGCAGCGGGAUGUAGGCCAUGAUGAUGCAGGGCAGCAGGAUGCAGGCCAUCAAAAAGACUCACCUAAUGUUGCUGACUCCAAGUAUUCAUAUGGUGUGAUCAGCUUGAAGCAGUUGAAAGAAGUUUUGUAAGUAAUGUGCAGAGAAAGCCAUUAAAUUUAUAAUAUUUCAUUACCAUUGUUUAUUGUAUAGAAACAAGGUUUCAGACUAUUUUUUCUUAGAAAUAAGAUUUUUACGUAAUUGGCACAUAUAUGCUUAGAAUGAAAUAAAAUGAUACAUUAUGUUUGCAUCUUUGGAUACUAAGGCUUUGGUGUUGAUUUGUAUGCUACAAGUGGCCUUCUUAUGAGAUUUGUAUUUGGAGAUGACAGUGUAUUGCAAGCAUGGAAGAAUAUAAGUGUAUUUGAUGAUUUCGGUUGUAAUGUUAUAUGUACUUAAUGUUACAUGAAUUAGGAUGUAUUUUUGGUUCAUUUGUAGUGUUUGUAAUUUCACUCUAAAUUUCAUUCAAACUGAAAUAUAGGUUGUAUGCAGCUUACCCUUUAGUGGUUUAGAAAGAGUUAUAAAAUUAGUUGAAAUAGAAAAUGGAUUCUUAUGAUUUUUGUUGAUUGUUGUAUUGAUUUUCUGCAGGGUGCUUGCUAUGAAGCCUUAAGCAAUUUUCAAGUUGGAGAUAUGCAUUAGUUUUAUUGGAAUUUUGUCACUUUUGCCAAAGCACAGAUUGUGGUGGCUUUGCUGGUGUUGAGAAAAUGUGAGGAAUGGGAGAUGCUAUAGUUUUUUUUUUUUUUGCAUCAUGCUGGUGUAUUGACCAGUUUCUUGAUUUGGUUUUUAAGUUUAUUUACUCUUUCGGAUGUAUCGAUUAUACAAUGUACUUCUCUAUCCUAUUAUCAAUGAUUAUAUGAAUGAUUUUUAAUGUCAUCA